AUGACCCACGGUUUUGACGAUGACAAAAUGACCAAAAAGAACUUUGCCGACGAUUCAAUUGAUAUCGACCAAUCCGGAGGUGAGGUUCUGGGUCAAAUUAGUCGAUAUGAAGAUCACGAAAGGGCUUUACAGGGCAACGAACACUUUCAUCGCCUUGGUUGGAAGCGUCUCACAAUUGUCCUCAUUGUUCAAUCGAUAGCCCUGGGCAGUCUAAGUCUUCCAGCUGCAUUUGCAACACUGGGCAUGGUGGCUGGUGUGAUACUGUGUGUCGGCCUAGGUCUCAUUGCCAUUUACGCAAGUUACAUGGUUGGGUUGGCAAAGCUCAAAUAUCCACACGCAGCCCACUAUGUUGAUUUCGGUCGUCUCUUGAUGGGAAGAUUUGGCGAGCAAAUCUUCAGUGUCGCCUUCAUUCUCCUUUUGGUCUUAUCGGUUGGGUCUCAUUGCCUGACUGGAAAACUGGCCUUCGCCUCGCUCUCCGACAACUCUGCGUGCGCCCUCAUAUUCAGUGCCGUAUCUGCAAUUAUACUUUUCGCGUUCGCCAUUCCUCCAUCAUUUGCCGAGAUCUCUAUUCUGGGAUACAUCGACUUUGCCUCAAUUAUUGCGGCUAUCGGAAUCUGCAUCAUUGGAACUGGUGUUCAGCGCGGCGAUGCAACUGGGCCUGCGUGGUCUGCGUGGCCUCAAGACGACAUCAAUAUGAGCAAGGCAUUUGUCUCGAUCUCAAAUAUUGCUUUCGCGUACGCUUUUGCGGCUGCUCAGCCAUCUUUCAUGGAUGAAAUGCAUACCCCGGAAGAUUUCACCAAGUCCAUCUCGGCGUUGGGAGCGGCACAGAUCACAAUCUACACAUUGACAGGCUCACUCAUUUAUGCUUUUGUUGGGCAGGAUGUUGAAUCCCCAGCAUUGCUAUCAGCUGGUCCCCUUCUAGCCAAGGUUGCAUUUGGUGUGGCACUCCCGGUCAUCUUCAUCUCGGGCUCUAUCAACGCAACCGUUGCCUGUCGCUAUAUCCACGGCAGGAUUUACCAGGAUUCCGUUGUCCGUUACGUGAAUACAACCAAAGGAUGGGUCACUUGGUUGGUAAUCGUGGCCUUGGCAAACAUCUUAGCGUGGAUCAUCGCAGAGGCUAUCCCCUUCUUCUCGGAACUACUCGCUAUCUGUGGAUGCUUGCUGGUAUCUGGGUUCUCAUUUUAUGUUCCCCCUGUGCUAUGGUUCUUCCUCCUAAAAGAAGGAAGCUGGUAUGAGAAGCGCAAUCUUCGCACUGCAGCCUUGAACCUCUUUGUGUUUGUCGUUGGUAUCGUCAUCCUUGGAUGCGGCCUGUAUGCGAGCAUUGUUGGCGUGAUGACUGCAUUCCGGACUGGUUCUAUCAGUCGACCCUUCUCCUGUAACGCUGGCUGA